GCCUUAUGUUACGCUGUGUUUUGGCGGCCAUAUUUAUUGACUAAAAGUAAAGUGCUAAAUAACGCCGCGUUCGUCUGCUGUCGCACAACUUCGCCGGUAAAAGAUGAACGCACCACCAGCUUUCGAGUCAUUUUUGCUGUUCGAAGGAGAGAAAAAAAUUACAAUAAUUAAGGACACGAAGGUGCCCAACGCGUGCCUGUUCACCUUGAACAAAGAGGACCACACGCUGGGGAACAUCAUACGAUCGCAGCUGCUGAAGGACCCCCAGGUGCUGUUCGCAGGAUACAAGGUGCCCCAUCCUCUGGAGCACAAGAUCGUGAUCCGCGUGCAGACCACGCCGGACUACAGCCCCCAGGAGGCCUUCACGAACGCCAUCACUGACCUCAUCAGUGAGCUCUCCUUGCUGGAGGAGAGGUUCAGGGUAGCCAUCAAGGACAAGCAAGAAGGGAUUGAAUGAAUGAAGAGAUUUGUUGAGUAAAUGAAUGAAGGGAUAGAUGUUCUUUGUUAUGGAGGGCCUGUUGGAUUUCAGCCAAGUGCUUCUCUGUAGCUCUUCAGAUAAUACAAAAACCAUAAGAGUGAUGUUGCUGGAUGUGGCAAAGCUUGCGGUGUGACUGUUAAUUAUGAUUCUGUAAAUUUGAAAAAUGUUUCUGGUGCACAGUACAAGAACUUUGCAGAAAGCAAAGCCACUUUUUUCCGUAACAUAAUUGCCUUUGUUAUAAUCUUUGUUUUAUUGUUCUCAAUGUUUUGAAUAAAACAGUUGAAAC